GGCUGGAAGAAGGGCUUGGUGAGGGUCUCCCUCCUUCCCCUCCUCUCUCUCUCAGGUGGGGCUCUUCCCUUUCUGCCCAGAACAAAACAGCUCAACGCUUAGCCCGCCUAAGACUACAACCCUCGGAUGAGGCCUUACCAUGGGAGUAGCACUGACAAGAGCAGCUCAGUGGACUGCUGCUGGUUCUGGAACCGGAAGACUUGAAAUCACACCGCUGAACGAAUCUCUCUUGAAUGAAAUCAUAAAGUUUACAGAAAGCUUUAGCAGCAAACAUCCCCAAGAAGCUGCCUUUGUCUUUAAGGAGCCACUUCAAUGGCAGACAAAGCUAGAGCUGUCAGCAUUUGAGUCUGGCUAUGAAGUCAGUGAAAAAAUGGUUCAGUCUCAAGAAAGAGACAAAGAUGGGCAGCCCCUGCUCCUGGUUAAAGGAUCAACUAUCAGCGUCCGCACAUUUGGGCAGCUCUCUCGUUUACUGCGUGUGGCCGCAGAGAAGAAGCUAAAAGAAGCACAGGCCUGCCUUGAAGCCAAUAGGGAUCCCAUUGUGAAUAUUCUUGGCCCUGGCUAUGGGACGAUUGAAGGAGAGGACCUGUCCAUGCUUCGUUUAUUAGACAAAGUGAAAAAAGAUGAGGCACCUGAUAAUGAAAUGAAAAUGAAGAUUUCCCUACUCCUUCAGCAACUGGAUAUGCAGCUCCUCAACAGUUCUUUAAAACAGAUUUCGCAGGAAGUGAGGUUAACCCCAGCUGCUGUGAAAAAUGAAAUAGAGCUGCUUAAACGUUUCUCUGGAGCAAAAGAAGAUGCUGUUCUUGAAUCACUGGAAUAUACAUCAGACUAUGAAUUUGCCAAUGGAUGCCGUGCCCCACCUUGGAGACAGGUCCAUGGGGAAAUUUGCUAUUUGACCAUCAAACCAUUUGACACAGAUCGUAUGUUUGUCACUUGCAGCACAGCUGGAGUAUUUUUAAAUGGAGGACGGGAAAAAGAGAGGGAUGAAAUAAAUUAUGAGAGACAGAGUGACAUAUAUAAAGACCUUGUCUCAUUUUUAAGAGAAAGAUCAGCACUGUUUGUAGAGAAUAUGGCUAAACAGAAAUAUACUUUUUUUGAUGAACCAAAGCGUGAAAAAUAUUAUCGACAUAUGGAAGCAGUUGAGGCAGAAGAGUAUGGCCAAACCCAAAAGUUAUACGACUAUGGAGAAAAGAAUGUGAUGGAGAAGCCUAAGAGCCCUCUUGCAAAAACCAAGUCUACAGAAAGCAAGAAAUUAGAACCGUCUCUUAAGUGGAAAACUAUGCCAGGAUCCCGAGAGGAGAAGGCAGCAAAGAAAGAAAGGGAAGAAAAGGAAAGCAAACCUGCUCCUCCUGAUGGCAAGAGAAAAUCCGCUGCAACACCCGGUGGCUCAGUCAAAGGGAAAUCUUCAUUAAAGCCGGAAGAUGAAGUUGAAAGUUCUUCAGAAAGUGAAGAAGAUGAAGAACAACCAGAUCGCCACCAGGAAAUCAAUACAGACUUGCCUUCCGAAUACUGGCAAAUUCAAAAAUUAGUGAAAUAUAUAAAGGCAGGUAACCAGACAGCUACAGUAAUUGCACUGUGCUCAAUGAGAGAUUUCAACUUGUCUCAAGAAACAUGUCAGCUGGCGAUUAGAGAUGUCGGGGGGCUUGAAGUGCUGAUUAAUUUGCUUGACACUGAAGAAAUCAAAUGUAAGAUUGGUUCAUUAAAAAUCCUGAAGGAAAUUAGCCAGAAUUCUCAGAUCAGACGUACAAUUGCUGACCUUGGAGGAUUGCAGAUCAUGGUGAAGAUACUUGAUUCUGUAGAUCAGGAUUUGAAAUGUUUGGCUGCCGAAACAAUAGCUAAUGUGGCCAGAUUCAGGCGAGCACGAAGAACAGUCCGAGAACAUGGUGGAAUUAAAAAGCUUGUUGGGCUGUUGGACUGUUCAGCAAUAGGAUCAGCGAGUCCCACUCAGGGAAAGGAAAUUGAAGUAGCACGCUGUGGGGCUUUGGCACUCUGGAGCUGCAGCAAAAGUGCCAAGAAUAAAGAAGCAAUACGUAAGGCUGGAGGCAUCCCCCUCCUGGCUCAGCUGCUCAAAUCUCCCCAUUCCAAUAUGUUAAUACCUGUGGUAGGAACUUUGCAAGAGUGUGCAUCUGAGCCCAAAUACAGAGCUGCGAUCAAACAGGAGAGGAUGAUUGAGAACCUGGUAAAAAAUCUGAAUAGUGACAAAGAAGAACUUCAAAUGCAUUGUGCCAGUGCGAUCUUUAAGUGUGCUGAAGAUCAAGAAACACGCGAUCUUGUUAGGCAGCAUGGAGGCCUAAAACCUCUUGCUGCUUUACUUGCUAAAUCUGAGAAUAAAGAACUUCUGGCAGCAGUGACAGGGGCAAUCUGGAAAUGUGCAAUCAGCAAAGAAAAUGUGACCAAAUUCCGGGAGUACAAAGCUAUAGAAACUUUGGUUGGGCUGCUGACAGAUCAACCGGAGGAAGUUCUUGUGAAUGUUGUUGGAGCUCUUGGUGAAUGUUGCCAAGAACAAGCUAAUCGGAGCAUUAUACGGAGAUGUGGUGGAAUCCCAUCCCUUGUUGCUCUACUCACAGGAACCAACCAGGCUCUUCUUGUUAAUGUUAACAAAGCGGUGGGAUCGUGUGCAACAGAACCUGAAAAUAUGGCGAUAAUUGAUCGCUUGGAUGGUGUUCGUCUGUUAUGGUCGUUAUUGAAAAACCCUCAUCCAGAUGUCCAGGCAAGUGCAGCUUGGGCUAUCUGUCCUUGUAUUGAAAAUGCAAAGGAUGCUGGUGAAAUGGUCCGUUCAUUUGUAGGUGGUUUGGAACUGAUUGUGAAUUUAUUAAAAUCAGACAAUAAAGAAGUCCUGGCUAGUGUGUGUGCGGCAAUUACCAACAUAGCAAAAGAUGAAGAGAACCUAGCAGUUAUAACAGAUCACGGUGUUGUCCCUUUGUUGUCCAAACUAGCAAAUACAAACAAUGACAAACUAAGACGUCAUCUAGCUGAUGCCAUUUCUCGCUGUUGUAUGUGGGGAAGCAAUAGAGUUGCCUUUGGCAACACCAAAGCCGUUGCUCCUUUGGUUCGUUACCUAAAGUCAAGUGACCCAGCCGUUCAUCGAGCUACUGCUCAAGCCCUCUAUCAACUGUCAGAAGAUAUAAACAAUUGCAUUACUAUGCACGAAAAUGGAGUGGUAAAGCUUCUGCUGGGUAUGGCAGGCUCUACGGAUGAAACGCUUCAGGAAGCAGCAGCUGGUUGCAUAGCAAACAUCCGCAGGCUGGCUCUCGCUACAGAGAAGGCAAAGUACGGCUGAAACUCCACGCAGUUUGUACCAGCUCCUAAGAGGCUUUCUCUUUCAUAGGGUCCCGUGCUAGUUCAGAGGGGUCAAACUCUGAACCGAAAUGCUGCAGAGAUAUUUUAAGCAUUGCAACAUUUUUACAGGUAAUGUAUACCUGUCGAAAAGUAAUAACAAUAGAAGUGCGAGUUAACCAAAGAGUACAUUUUACAUUUAUUUUACUCAUACAUUUACGGGUGUAUUUUAAAAGGAUCAAUAUUUACCUCAUUGAAAGCUUUAGCUGUGAAUACUCAAAAGAAGCAACAUUGCAACUUUAACAACUUGGCAUUUCCAUGUCCUCCUGAAAUACAUUUUUGUAUGUUAAAGGCAUAUAAUAAAUCUAUUUUCCAU